GCAUGUGCACAUUAAGGAGCUCGUCGUCUUCAGUCGCGAGGCUUUUUACUUUUUAACAGAAAACGUCGACGAUAAAACGGGUGAAGUGCGAGUCUCUCCGGGGAGCGUGUUCUGACUGAACCAGUGGGCUGAUUGGCAGAGACUUGUGUUGAUCUGUGAGAGGACGAGGAAGGCGCUUCAGUGACUUCGGUUUCCCUGGAAAAGCAAAGCUAAGACGGCAUGAGGACUCCGUAGCCCAAAGGACAUGGACCACAAUGUGAAAUAGCCUGGAGGAGAUUUUUCUGCUGAUGUUCGACAGAUGGGUCAGCGAUUCUAAUGAGGCAUUUCCGGCUCUGGAAUGUACACAACGUGGCUGUGGUUCUCAGUGUCACAUUAUAUAUGUGCCACAUAGCCGGAUGCAUUUCCAUCCAUUCUGCACAGAGGAACCUCAGCAGGUCGGUCCAGGAGGAUGCGGUCUUCUCGGUGGACGUGUCUUCUACUGGUGUCCCCACCAUAGAAUGGACCUUCAUGUCUGGAGCGGGGAGCCGCUCCAUAGGGACUUGGCAGCCUGGGGGGAACAUCAAUAUAACAGCAGAUUACAGCAGCAGGGUAAGGGCCUAUGAGAAUGGCUCCAUGAUUCUGAUGGACCUGCGGCUGCAGGACACUGGGUUCUAUCUACUCACCGUCACCGAGCCGGCAGGAAGCAGCAAGGAUGUGGGCUUUGUUCUGAGAGUAAACGAGGUGCUGUAUGAGGACCUCCAGUACCUGUCCAUCACUGGUUUAGCUCUGGGCGUCGUGGCGGCGCUGCUCAUGCUGGUCACAUGGCUCCUGCACAAAGCCUGCAUGAAGGUAAAGGCGUGGAGGCUGAGGAAGCAAAUGCCAGAAAACGAUGAAACUGAGCUGCAAAGGCUUGAAAGUCAACCAGGGCAUCAGAGUUGAAGCACCUGAAGAACCCAAGGAUUUAUUUUAAAAGCGAUGUUUUUUUUUAUAUAAUACUGUAGUUAUUUUUAAGCAACUCAUCUCUGUCAUCCAGUGUUUUCACUCUGGUGCUGCUCUCUGGAGGGACUGUAAACAUGUGAGUCUGACAAACAGCUGAGUAUUUAUUGUAGAAGUGAGUGAACUGAUGCUGACAUUUGUGUUCUGUCAACGUUUACUGUUCUAAAAUUAAUGGUUCAGACCAUAAAAACAAUCCAGAACUUC